AGAGUGAAGUUAUUCAUUUUAAUUUUUGAAACUUGGAUGAGAACACACAUACAAAUACAUGUGAAAUGGCUCAAAGUUCUUGUUUGCAUUUAUUUUUAUGUAUUAGCAUAAUGCUUGUGUUUGCCUUAGAAAAGUUUUCAACUGCUUCCGACACCUGUCUUACACCUUUUGGCGCUUUACGUGACACAGCGCCACUAAGUGAAUGCAAAUCAAUGGUCGACUUUUUAAAUGAGUACGGUUUGAAAUUGACGCCGGUUCAGAGAAAAUUUGUUGAACUGAGUUUUAUGGAUCUCAAGAAGCGCAUCGUCUGCUGUGAUCCGAGUUUUGACCCUGUACGCGCUUUCAAAUCAGUCGGCACUGAGAUACUACGCAAUCAAGGAGAGGCCUGUGGUGACAAUUCUCGCAAGCGCAUUUCUUUCGGUUCGGAAAGCACUUUUCUUUCGCACCCUUGGUCCGUGCUGCUUAUCUAUAAAAGCGAAAAUAAGUUUCAAUGCGGCGGUACGUUGAUUACGAAGCGUUAUGUGCUGACCGCAGCGCACUGCAUAAAGACAUAUCUCUCUGGCGUUCGUUUGGGCGAACACGAUAUUGAUUUGCCCAUCGAUUGCGAAUUGGAUGAGCUUGGCGAAGAGCAUUGCCUAGCGCCAGUGCUCGAUGUGGGUAUUGAGAAAGUGAUUAAACAGCCGAAAUUUUCAGCAGCGAACUUUAAUAAUGAUAUCGCUUUACUGCGCCUGGAUACACCAAUUGUAUUUAUAAACAGCAUAAAACCCAUUUGCAUACCAGAAUAUCAGAAUCAAGUGGUCGCAAAGGAACAUGGCAUUAUAAGCGGCUGGGGUGCCACAGAAAAUGCAACGUUCUCGCAUACACAUCGUGAGGCUGCCAUACCGAUUAUUUCACGUGAAAAUUGUCAGUCGGUUUAUCGCCGCCGCAGCAUAGAUAACACAAAACUCUGUACGCGUGGCAUUGAGGGCGAAGACACUUGCGACGGCGAUUCCGGUGGGCCAUUGUAUGUACGUGUAGAGGGCGAUGAGGAUGGUAGUGGUCGUAAAUUCCGUUAUAUGCAAGUGGGUGUGAUAUCGCUGGGGUAUCAGCACUGUGGUACGAAACAGAAUACGCCGGCGUUAUAUACGAAUAUAGCAGCUUACUUUGACUGGAUUGCGUUCAAUUUGGAGUUGUGAUAAUGGAAUGAAAUUUUUAAGUAUAUUUUGAAAUGACAUGGGCCUUAAUAAAUAUGCUUAGAAUGUUGGAAAAAUAUUC